AUAAAUAAUUGUUGGUGAAACCUUAACAUAUAUAUGUACACAGUGAACCACGCUUAAGUUCUUCCCCCAUAACUUUAGUUUAGAUAACUUAACAAAUAAAAAUAUUUUGAUACUUAAAAAUUAAAAAACAUGUAUGAAAAUACUUAUAUAUGAUUUAAUUAUUUUGUGAAGUGGCAGUAUGAGUUCAUGAGUUUAUUUCAAAAUUUGAUAAUACUACAGAUAAAUUUUAAAUCAUGGACAUAUAAUACUAAAAAACUCGCUAUAACAGCAAAAACAACAGAAAAAAAUUUGUCUUUGAAGAAAAAUUGGGUAAACAGAAGUGAAAUUUUAAGCAAAAUUUUACUAUUGCAAUUUGAAAACAAACACCUCCGUUGCGAAAAUUAUUUAUCUGUUGAAAAUAAUGUCAAUAGGAUUUUAAGCGAUUUCUUAUCGAAGCCACUUAAACAUGCUCGCCCUUAAGCGUGGUGGACUGUAUCUUAAAUUCCAUCCAUUGUAAAAUUUUAUUACAUAAAACAGAAUAUAUUCGUAAUAAAUUUUAAAUAAAAACCAAUAAACACUAAGCUGACGGUACUUAGAAAUAUAUAGAACAAAAACAACAAGUUUACAGCCGUUCACAUUGGAAGGUAAAAUUUUUUCAGCAGUGAAUAAUUUUUUCACUGGUGCUACCAGGGAAAUCAGACAAAUCAUAAUGAAAAAAACGACAUCAGACGCCGAAGAUUCACAGAACAAUCAAUCAGCCACACAAAAGGGUAACAGCCCAAUCAUGAGCACAAUAUCGCAACAAGAAUUGUCAAUUAGAAGUAGUGAAGAUUUAACCAACUCUAAUGGGAAUGAAAACAAUGUUAUGGAUCGGGUAGUUAAUAGAAAUUCAGGAGAAUAUAAUGAAUCACCUAAGAGCAUAACAUCUGGUCAAGAAGGAGUUUUUUUCAGCAAACAUAGUAAGAUUAACGAUGGACCUGCGAGCGCUCGCCGUUAUAUCUCAAAAUCUCAAAUGAGAGAAUUCCGUGAAGCAUUUCGUCUAUUUGAUAAAGAUGGAGAUGGUUGUAUUACAAAAGAGGAGCUUGGAACUGUUAUGAGAUCACUAGGACAAUUCGCAAGAGUAGAAGAGCUGCAAGAAAUGCUACAAGAAAUUGAUGUUGACGGUGAUGGCAAUGUUAGUUUCGAAGAAUUUGUUGAUAUUCUUUCAAAUAUAACAGAAGAUACAACUGGUCUAUCACCAGCAGAUCAAGAAGAAAGAGAACUUCGGGAUGCUUUUAGAGUAUUUGAUAAGCAUAAUCGUGGUUACAUCACUGCUUCAGAUUUACGAGCUGUUCUACAAUGUUUGGGAGAAAAUCUUGAUGAAGAUGAGAUUGAGGAGAUGAUAAGAGAGGUAGAUGUUGAUGGAGAUGGUCGAAUUGAUUUUUAUGAGUUCGUUCAUGCUUUAGGUGAACCGGAAGAUUCACAAGAAGAUGAAGAAGAAGUAACAUCACCUUUACAAACACCAAGAUCGCCAGAUAUCGCUUAUUAAAAUUGUGAUAUUCUUUAAAAAUAUUUUACUUUUUUUAUGAAUUUUCAAUUUAUAAUUGUCAAAAAAAGUAAUUAUAAACAAAAAAAAUCCAAUAUUAGAUAUUUAAUAGAUUUGAGAAAAAAUCAAAUCAAUUUCAAAAUAAUUAAAAGAUACUUAUAAUAAAUAAAAAACGAAUUAAUUUCAAUUUUAAUGAAA